GAUCUGGUCUUUAUGUCAAUUCAAUCUCAAUUGAAACGCAUUAUUUUUGAAGUCUGGCUGAGAAUACCAUUUGAAGUGUCACACUACAUCCAUCUCAUUCUAGAACCUUGAAACGCAUUCAUCAUCAUCUGUAGCUCACUGAACCUCGCCUAAGAUGACGAUUGAAGUUACGGAUCUCACUGAGGCGGACAUUCCAGGGGCAGUAAAGGCAGUACAACAAGCAUUCAGCGGCGACCCGUACAAUGUCUGGGUAUACGAUCAAUCAAAGUUCAACCAGCAACGAAACUACGAGUCCCUGGCCCUCCGGAUGAGAUGGGGCAUGCGCAACGGCAUAUUCCACGUCGCGAAAGAGCAAGGUAGUGACGAGGUUCUCGGCGUGGCAAUGUGGCUCCCUCCACAGCCUGCCGACGCGCCGCCGACGUGGAAUGAUUGGUUUGAGGGAUGGCGGCUCUGGUUUGGACAGGUGAAUUAUAACCUGUGGUAUGGACGCGGGGGGUUGAACGUCAAGCGGUACUACAUCUGGAAAGAGGCUCAAGCCAAAGCCCAGAGUGAGAUCUGGACUGAUCCUAGGGGAUACUACUUUCUCAACAUCAUGGUUGUGCUUCCAUCUGCGCAGGGAAAGGGUGUGGGCGCAAAGAUGAUGAAGGUCGUUACGGACCGGGCUGAUGAGGAGGGUGUGAAGUGUUAUUUGGAGUCGAGUAAGGACGUGCCGAAUGUGAAGAUUUAUGGGCGGUGGGGGUUUGUGUUUGAGAAGGAGAUGAUUUGUGAUGAUGAAGGGGAUUCGAUUCGGUUGUUUACCAUGGUGAGAGAGCCUGUGGCUAAGGCUGGGGAUGGUAGGGGCGGUGGGUAAGUGAGUGUGUGAGGAAUUGUAUUUCGUAGUAUGUGAGUUUAAUAUGGGUGUGAGUUGUCCAUGAGUUGGAUCGGUGAAAACAUGGUCAAGACUUUGUGAAGACUUUGGGAAGAGUGAAAUUCUUGAUUAAAACACCUCUUUUUCUAU